CAGGAAACCGCGGAGACGCCGUCGUCAACCAGCCGCGCUGCGAAACAAAGGCGCGGGUCACAGAGACCUCGAACUGCUGGAAUCCUUCGCCCCCGGCCGGCAACCUUCGCCCGCCGGAAUCGCUGCCUUAUCCACCAGCGGGAUGCUUACCUUGCCCGCCCUCUCGGGUCAGGCGGGCCCGGGAGGAUGGGAGGGUAGUUCCUGAGCGGGAGCCGCCUGGUCUUCUACCCGACAUAUUGCCUAGAGUUUACUGUGACUUAGAUCUUGAUCCAGAGAUGGAGAAAUCAGGCUCAUCUUCUACCAUCUCUAAGCAGCAGCUGCAGAGGAAAGAGGGAUGGAGUAACACCAAAACGGACUUGGCUGAGCAGAGGCUCAUUUCAUCUGAGACAUGGCUUCAACUGCAUGGGCUUAAGAGCAACAAAUUGACCUUGAAACAGAUUUUGUCACAGAUUGGAUUCCCACAUUGUGAAGAUUAUGUGGCAUCUCUGGGGAGACUUGUGGCUUCUCGGUAUGCUGAUGGUCUGUUUCCACAGCUCUACAGAGCAGAAGAUGGCAGAGUAUACAAUCUGACAGCUAAAUCAGAACUGAUUUAUCAGUUCGUGGAACAUUUAACACAAGCUGUGGAGAGCUACAAGCAGCGAAUGGACUGGCUUACCAGCAAAAGCCGGCAGAUUUUUGGUGUCAUCUUGGAACAGUGCAUCACCAUAGUGCUGGAUUUUGGCGGCAUUCUGGAGGGAGAGCUUGAUCUGUGCCGAGAGGCUCUAACAAUGGUCCUCCAGGAGCAGGUGGCUCAUAUAACCAACUUCAAUAUCAUACGGGUUUCUCAAGAGCCUGUGAAAUGGCAGGAAAAUGCUACUCCUGUGACCAAACAGUCCAUAGCUGCUGCUAUCCGUUGGGUUGAGAAACUAACUAUUGAACUGACUGUGAGCAAGGUUGGCCGCAUGGAUGCUCUUCUGGAAGCUGGGAAAGACAAGACUACUGAAUCCAUUUACUACUUUGUGGUGGGGGAUGUUCCUGAAGAAUCCAAGGAGCUUCUCCUCCAGAGUGCCUUGGAGACCCCAUAUCCAGUCCACACAGUAUCCUUCAAUGCCAGAGAGGAAGGCACUAUAGCUUUCCUAAAGGACCUGAGUGCCAAGACCCACAGCAGAUUCCAUGCAUUUGCCGAGAGAACAGAGUGUGUAGAAUUUCCUGCAUUCUCCACAAAGGAUGGUGACAGUGUGAUGACUUGGAAUUCAAGGAAGCUGAAAGGAAAACUCCCUCCAGAAAAUAGAGACUCUCAAGUAAGGGAUUGGAGAAGCAUUGCUCAGAGGACUGUCCUGGCAAUCCGAAGGAAUUUCCUGCUAUUAUUGACUUUUUGGAUUCCAGGAGCCGGUGUCAGAGAGGAUGUGUUUCUCGUUUGGCGGGAGAUGGAGGAAGCCUGCAGCACACUGGCCCAGAUCCAGAGGCUGGUGGCCGAGCAUCCCAAGCCCGACGUGGCCACAGUGGACUGUGAGUCAGAAACAACCUCUGUUGAGAUUGCAUCGAAUCCAGAAGACACUUGGGACUCUAAGAUGUGGCUGCGGAAAUAUGGCUUGAAGGCCCAGAAGCUGUCCCUGUAUGAUGUCCUUGCUGACUGCUCUUUUCGCCACGCUGAUGGGGUUGUAGAUAUAAAAGCCAAACCGGAGAACGAGUCCGUGCAGACCAGUGCGGAGACCAAUAGGAAGAUAGUCCAUGCAAAAUAUUGCAGCAGGUUUGUCCAUGCUCCCUGGAAGGAUGGGAGUUUGGUCCACGUCAACAUUACCAAAGAGAAAUGCAAGUGGUACAGUGAGAGAAUCCACACAGCCCUGGCCCGGAUCCAAAGGAGGAUUAAAUGGCUACAGGAUGGGAGUCAAAGCCUCUUUGGACAAUUGCAUAAUGAUUGCAUCUACAUUCUCAUUGACACAUCUCACUCAAUGAAGAGCAAACUGGAUUUGGUGAAGGACAAGAUCAUUAAGUUCAUACAGGAACAGCUGAAAUAUAGUAGGUUUAAUUUUGUGAAGUUUGAUGGUCAAGCAGUUGCUUGGCGGGAACAACUUGCUGAAGUCAAUGAAGAGAAUUUGGAACAGGCUCAGUCCUGGGUUAGAGACAUGAAGAUUGGAAGUUCCACAAACACCCUGAGUGCCCUGAAAACUGCUUUUGCGGAUAAAGAAACACAGGCAAUCUACCUUCUGACUGAUGGGAGACCUGAUCAGCCACCUGAAAUGGUUAUAGACCAGGUCAAAGUUUUUCAGGAAAUUCCUAUUUAUACCAUCUCCUUCAAUUACAAUGAUGAGAUUGCAAACAGAUUUUUGAAAGAGAUUGCUGCUUUGACUGGAGGAGAGUUCCAUUUUUAUAAUUUUGGUUGCAAGGAUUCCACUCCUCCAGAGGCUGUUCAGAAUGAAGAUCUGACCCUUUUAGAUGAGGAAAUGGAACAGGGUUACCGUGACCUGGAGAAGAUACAAGAACUUUAUUCCGAGUCCUUGAUCAUGGACUGGUGGUACAAUGCAGGAAAGGAUUGGGACAGCAAGCAUCAAAAAGAAAUCUGUUCUAUGGUUUCAACCCCAGAAAAAUGUGCAAAGCCUCAAUCGGAUGUCAGUUCAACACAAACUUCAUCCCUGAAUAUGUUGAAGGGACAAUGGGGCCUUUCAGAUCAAAAGGUUCAGAAAAAGAAAGUCCUCCAUGCAGAAUCAACCAAAACCAGCCUGCUCAGAAGCCAGAUGUCCUCCCUCAGGAGCUCAGCUUGCAGUGAAAGGAAGGAUGGCCUCUCUAAUGCCAGCAGCCGGAGGACUGCUCUAAAUGACAAAGACAGAAGCAUCCUGCUGGCUGAGGAGUGUCUGGAUGACCAGUCAUCAGAAAGGGUGACCCAAGAAGGAAGCCAGGUUUAUGACUACGAUUCUUCAGAUGUGUCUUCAGAAAACUGGCUCAAGACCUAUGGCUUGGUUGCCAAGAAACUCACCCUCAUGGAUGCCUUGUCAGUGGCGGCGGUCCCCCACAGCUCCACCUAUGUUCCCGUCCUGGACAAGCAUGUCAUGUCUAAGGUCUUUGAUGAGGUUUUCCCUGUGGCACAUGUGUGCAAUGACACAAAUAAGAUGACAUUAAUUAACCCCCAAGGAGUCAAGCUCAAUAUCUACAAGCAAAAAGUGGAACAGGCAAUUCAGUCCUACGAAAGGCGCUUGAAUAAAAUUGUUUGGCGAGCAUUAUCUCAAGAGGAAAAAGAAAAGUUAGAUGCAAACAAACCAAUACGGUACUUGGAAAACAAAACAGUUUUAAACCAGGCUUUACAACGGUUGAAUUGGCCCAUUUCAUUGAAAGAGCUGUCGAUGCUGGAAAAUGAAAUCCUCACUGGGAAAAUGUACAUCCAGCAGGCCAUGGAACUCCAGGAGGCUGCCAAGAAGAAUUAUGCAAACAAGGCCCCAGGAGAGCAACAGAAAUUGCAAGGAAAUCCAACAAAGAAAACCAAAUCAAAAAGGCCAGAUCCCCUCAAAGGACAGAAGGUUAUUGCAAGAUGUGAUGAAAAUGGCUUUUAUUUUCCAGGGGUUGUGAAAAAGUGUGUGAGCCCCACCCAAGCACUGGUGGGCUUCAGGUACGGAGACACCAAGGUUGUGUCCACCUCCUUCAUCAUGCCUGUGGGGGGCGCCAUGCCCUGCCCGCUGCUCCAGGUUGGAGAUUAUGUGUUUGCCAAAAUCAUGAUACCCAAAGGAUUUGACUUCUACGUUCCUGCCAUUGUCAUAGCACUUCCCAAUAAGCAUGUGGAUGCAGAAAAAUUCUACACGGUUUUGAAGUGUAACAACCGGAGAGAAUUUUGCCCUCGGAGUGCACUUAUUAAGAUCAGCCAAAACAAGUAUGCACUCUCCUGCUCUCAUAUAAAGUCACCCCCAAUUCCUGAGGAUCCAAAAGUAGAGGAUAUGGAGAUGAGGAGCUCUGCUUUCCUCCACUGGCCACUGACGGAAGCAGAUAUGCAGGAUUCCAGAGAGCCAAGACAAGAGAAGCCCAGAAGGAAAAAGAGGCCCGCCAAGCAGCCACCUCUCCAGCAGGUGGCACCCUCGGACUCGGGCCGCUCCUCCCACAGCACCAGAUGCCCCACCUCCACUUCCCCUUGGCCGGGUAUCUAGGACUCACAAGCCACGCCAUUAUUGCCACGCCUCCACCUCCAGCAGCCCUGCCCUGUACUCUCAAAGCCAUCCACAGCAGCAAAGGACCGACCUGAAGGCUGUCUGGUGACAGCUAUGUUAAAGAGACCAGCGUCCUCCCAGGCUGCCCAGACCUCAACGUCGACACUGGAACUGGCCCCUCUACUGAGGUAAUGCCACCCUCUGUGCCACCCCUGCCUGCCCUGUCUGUAGCAAAGACUCCUGUCGCCUUCAUCCCCACUGCCUCUCUUACCCGCUUGACAACAUUGGUUCUGGCUUUUUUGACUGUUCUUUAUCCUGUUUUUCCCCUGUACUCACAAAAUUGUAUUCCAUCUUCUGGUAGACGCCCCACCCCCAGAUGUUUUAACCUGAAAGAUGAUUGUCACAGGACUUUCAAAUUGUUUAGAAGUCAGCAUAAGUCAGGAUCCAAGCCUGUAAUCUUGUUUUAAAUUAAUUAUCACAUCUAAAUUAGAGAUUUCAUCACCCAGUGUUCAGACUGAAAUUCAGACCUGGUAGUGUGUCUGAGGUCUGCAAGACUGAACGUUCUCUACUUUUGUUUUCUGACAUUUUCAUUGAGCUUUUCCUAAUUCUUUUUGUCUGUAGUCUGUUGCAGGUAUCUCUAAUUGAGCACAAAACCAGAAUAAAAACUCUUAAAUUGGAAACAUUUCAAAACCA